UCGAUUCCCCAUCCUCUCUGAGACCAGCUGAUGAGUGUAGGAGGGCUUCGUCAGGCCGAGACGAGGCCACGGAGGAGGUGAUUUUUUAAUGAACCCUCCGUGUAAAACAUCGAAAUAAACCGCAAGUGAGAAGAGUAGGAAGGGGGCGGGGGAGAUCGUCGAGGAGGUUCGCCGCCAGGAUGUGGCUCAAGCCGGAGGAGGUUCUGCUGGCAAACGCGCUGUGGGUGACGGAGCGCGCCAACCCGUACUUCUUGAUGCAGAGGCGACGCGGCCACGGCGACGGAGGCGGUCUCACAGGCCUGCUGGUGGGCACCCUGGACGUGGUGCUGGACUCGAGCGCCCGUAUCAGCCCGUACCGUGUGCUGCACCAGACGCCCGAGUCGCAGGUCUACUGGGCCAUUGCUACCGGAAGCUCUCGGCAGGAGGCAACGCGGCACUGGGAUUGGCUGGAACAGAACCUGCUGCAGACGCUGAGCGUGUUCGAAACGGAGGAGGAUGUCACGGAGUUCGUCAAGGGCAAAGUGCAGGGUAUAAUGGCAGAGGAGGGGCGGCAGCGCGGCGGCACGGCCGGUGCGGCGGGAGCCGAGCAGGACUCGGAUAAGUUCAUGGAGGCCGUGGCCAAGUUCCGUAAGCUGUUCGGGAUGCCCGAGGAAGAGCGCCUUGUCAACUACUACUCCUGCAGCUACUGGAAGGGCCGCGUGCCGCGCCAGGGCUGGCUCUACCUCAGCGUCAACCACAUCUGUUUCUACUCGCUGCUGCUCGGCAAGGAGGCCAAGCUAGUGGUGCGCUGGGCGGACGUGAUGUGCCUGGAGCGCACCGCCACGGUGGUGUUGCCCGAGAGCGUACGCGUGGCGACGCGCGACGGCGACCUCUUCUUCUCCAUGUUCCUCUCCGUGGGUGAGACGUUCCGUCUCAUGGAGCGUCUCGCCGACAUGGCCGUGCGCCGCCUGCUCAACAGCGGCGACGCCGCCCCGGGCUCCUCCAGCGCCUCCCAGAUGGACGCCAGUGCAGGCGGCGGAAGUGGCGGCGGCAUUGGCGGUGGCGGUGGCGGAGCUGCGGGCGGUGGGCUUGUUGGUGCCGGGUCCCUCCCCGGGGGCCUUGGGGCCGCUGCUGGUGGUGGUGGCGGCGCCGGCGGGGGGGGACCUGCGGGGGGGGGUGGCGGGGCGGGCGGCGGGGGCAACACGAGGUCCCCGCGCAAGGUGUCGGCGCUCAAGCGAGACCUGGAUGCGCGCGUGAAGAGCGAGGCAUACUGCUCAGCAUUCCGCCUGCCCCGCGACGAGAGGCUCGACGGACACACGGACUGCACGCUGUGGCUGCCCUUCAGCAAGAUGCACGCCGCCGGGCAGCUCUACGUCUCCUCCAACUACCUGUGCUUCUCCAGCCGCGAGGAGGGCCUCUGCAGCCUUGUCAUCCCACUCAGAGAGGUGACGGUGGUGGAGAAGGCGGACAGCUCGAGUGUGCUACCGAGCCCGCUGAGCGUGAGCACGCGCUCCCGCACCAACUUCCUCUUCGCCAACCUGCGCGACCGCGCCUUCCUGCUGCAGCGCAUCUCCGAGCUGCUGCGCAGCAGCUCCGCCGUGGGCAAGCAGCAGGGUGCGGCGGUUGCCCCCACGCCGACCGCGGGCACGCCGUCCUCCCAGCAGGGCUCCCAGCCGCAGCCCAACGGCGCUGACGCUGGAUCCGCGGCAGUCUGGCGUGGAUAGUCAGAACGAGGGGCAACACCCAGCAACGCACCCCAGGAGACCACGGAGGCGUUGAUGACCAUGUUUCACCGCUCGGACAGCCACACCAUUGACCUCAAGCAGGCGAAGGAGCUGAUGAAGGAGGAGUCGUGGAGCAUCCACUUUGCGGAGUUUGGCCGCGGCGUGUGCAUGUACCGCACGGAGCGCACACGCGACCUCGUCAUGCGCGGGAUCCCUGAGUCACUGCGCGGGGAACUCUGGAUGCACUUCUCUGGCGCGAUCCACGAGAUGAACUCGUACCCAGGCUACUACGCGGAGCUCGUGCGCAGCAGCAUGGGUCGCAUGAGCCUCGUGACGGACGAGAUCGAGCGCGACCUGCACCGCUCGCUACCCGAGCACCCGGCCUUCCAGUCAGAGAUGGGCAUCGCCGCGCUGCGCCGUGUGCUCACUGCCUACGCACACCGCAACCCCUCCAUCGGAUACUGCCAGGCCAUGAACAUCGUGACGUCCGUGCUGCUUCUGUACACGAAGGAGGAGGAGGCCUUCUGGCUGUUGGUGGCUCUGUGUGAACGCAUGCUGCCCGACUACUACAACACGCGCGUCGUCGGAGCGCUUGUGGACCAGGGCGUGUUUGAGGAGCUGACACGGGAGCACCUGCCCCAGCUGUGCGAGCGGAUGCAGGACCUGGGUGUCAUCUCCACCAUCUCCCUGUCAUGGUUCCUCACGCUCUUCCUGUCCGUGCUGCCCUUCUCCAGCGCCGUCUGUGUGGUCGACUGCUUCAUGCUGGACGGGGUGCGCAUGAUCUUCCAGCUGGCCCUGGCCGUGCUGCACGCCAACAUGAGCAAGCUGCUGUCGUGCCACGACGAUGGCGAGGCCAUGACCAUCCUGGGCAGUUACCUGGACAGUGUCACCAACAAGGACAGCACGCUGCCACCGAUAACGCAUCUGCACGCGCUGCUGUCCGAGAACACCGAGCCUCAGCCGGAAGUGGACAUCUUCCAGCUCAUCCGCACGUCUUAUGAGAGGUUCGGCUGCAUCCGGGCUGAGGUGAUAGAGCAGAUGAGGUUCAGGCAACGUCUGAGAGUCAUCCAGACCCUCGAGGACACCACCAAGAGAAACGUUGUUCGCUCCAUCAUGACUGAGACUCAGUUCACUCUGGAAGAGCUAGAGGAACUCUUUGUGCUCUUCAAGUGGGAGCACCUGCGCAGCUGUUACUGGGGAAGUGCCACCGCCGCCACCACCGGCAAUGGUGGCGCUGGUGUUAGCGGCGGCGGCAGCGAUGGCGACGGCGGGAGCACGGCGGUGCCGGUCAGCGAGCGGCACGACCCGAGCCUGCCCUACCUAGAGCAGUACCGUGUGGAUGCGGCGCAGCUCCACUCGCUGCUCGCAGCGCUGUCGCCGUGGGUGCGGGGGCCGCACCCCCCGCCGCUCGCGCCGCGCCUCUUUCGCCUGCUCGACACCAACCGCGACGGCCUCAUCAACUUCAAGGAGUUUGUGAGCGCGCUCGGGAUAAUGUACCAUGGAGACCUGACCGAGAAGCUGAAACUCCUCUACAAGUUGCAUCUUCCUCCAGCUCUCAGUCCCUCGGAGCACGAGGAGACAGAGUCAGCGCUGGAAGCCACGCGAUUCUUCUAUGAGGACAUCACGCCAUGCACCCCACAGCACGUGGGAGUGCCCAAGCGGGCAGGCGACGCUUACAGCGACCUCGACAUUAACACCCCCGAGCACAGGGCACUGUGGCACUCUCGUGGGAUGGUGAGCGACGUGGACGACGCUCACCUGGCAGAGUUGACUGAGGGCUCCUUGAGUGUGGACAACACACGCAUAGACAAAGGCGGAGCAGAGGCCAGGGACUACCGCUACUACCUGCGCAAGUGGGCCCAGGAGACGGAGCUCAAGAAGGAGAGCAUCAAGGACUUGCCCAAGAUGAACCAGGAGCAGUUCAUCCUGCUGUGCAAGUCCCUGUAUUCGCUGUUCGCGGAGCAUCCGCACGAGCAGCAGCUCUACCACUCGAUCGCCACGGUGGCCAGCCUGCUGCUGGAGCUCGGCGAGGUCGGCAAGCGCUUCAGCCAGCACCGCAACCGCACCGCCGGCAACACAGCCACCGCCGGCAACGCUGCCUCCUCCGGAAAUGCCGCCGCCACCGCCGCGAUGAACCUCACGGCGAACAGUACAGACGACAGUAUCGACCGGAUGGUGGACGAAAUGGCGGAGGAAGUGGCCUCGGCGUCGGACGUUGCGAUCGGGGGCGGCCAGGAAGAGGCUCCGUCGAUGCCGCGCAAGGACGAGCGCGACCGCGCGUCGCUCAACAACCUCGUUGUGUCGGACGACGAGUUCAACUCCAAGGACGACACGUCGGUGUCAUCCUACUCUGUCGUGAGCGCCGGCUCCAUCCCCUGCUCAGACGACGGCUGCUCCUCUGACGACGGCGCUGUCGUGCUGGCGGCACCUACCGCCGGGGGCUCGCGCCGGUCCAGCGGUAACGGCGGGGGGGAGGCUGCGGCCGGCGGCUCCUGCCCUCCUCGAGCCGCUCCUGCAGCUGCAGGCGCUUCAUCGUCGUUGGCAGCAACGGCGGCAGCGUCGACGCCGCCGCGGCGGUCGCCAGCUCGCGGGCGCCCCGACCGCGAGUGGGCCGUGAGCUUCGAGCAGUUCCUGGCGUCGUCAUUGACGGAGGCUGCGCUGGUGUCGUUCUUUGAAGAAACGCCUCCGCCCAGCAGCCUCAUGGAGCGCGUGCGGUCCGCCAAGACGGGCCGUGCCAUCCCCGAGUGCCCCUCGCCAUCCCCGACCACUGCCGUCGACGCCGUGAGGUUUCCCGGGGAUGGCCGGGCCAUGUCGCCAGGGCAGGGAGAGUCCGGUGACGGCAAAACGCCAGGUCGCGGAAGCCCCGGUGUUGCCGAUCCCUUCGCUGCCAGCCUAGCGGUUUAGAAGUUCUACUCGGGCAUUGGGUAAGCUGGAGGAGGGGGGAUGAGUGAGAGGAGAUUGUAUACAGGGGGGAGGGGGGGGUGUCAGAAUGUAAAAGGCAGAGUUAGGAGAUGAAUAUAGGAACUUGAAUCAAUCAGGGCUUCAGUUUGGCCACCAUUUCAUUUCAGUGUUGGUGAAGUCCUGUCCAGCAUUCCCUUCAUGCCAAGGUCGUAGGAUAGGAUUGUGUAGCAUUGUCUUGAGGCAAGGGGUGGGACCGCAGCAGAAAGUGUGAGAAGGGUUGAUCAUUGUUUCGUGAAUGGUGGGAUGUAAUGAAUGUUAGGUUUGCUGCAAAACUUUGUACGUUUCUCUGUUAGUGGUCAUAGCCUUUGAGACGGAAGAUUCUCCGGAUACCAAAUGUUAAUCUCCUUGUUGCAAGUUGCUCUGUACCCUGGAAUUUUUUUUCUCCAGAUGCCGUUAUACCAUAAGUAUUUUCAGAUGCGAGAAGUUCUUUCAUAUUCCGAUUGUUGUUUUGAAUCUUGUAAAUUACUCAAGAUUCUGCAACGUGCUCUAUAUUCCGAAUUAAUUUCCUGAGAAUCUCCGAAGUUACUCCAGAUUCCGGAAUGCAAAUCUGUCUCUUAUAAUCUGCGCUGUGCAACUGCCUUGCCGAUGCCCUCCUUGCUGACCAACCAACAUUCAUAGAGUUCAGGAGGCAAGUCAAAUUUGAAUAUCAACUUCUUAUUAGAGCUUUUUAUUCAGCAUUCAAAUAGUUUUGUGUGCUCAUAAUUGCAUUGAAUCGUGUGUAAGAAUCGAUUAUGUACCAUUUUCGGUAAUAUAUGCAAAUUAUAUGCUCAUGUUAAAUUUAGGCUAACAGAAAGUGACAUUUUUUGCAAAAUUAGACAAAAAACUGAGUUGGUAAAAAGUAGACGGAAAUGUAAUUCUUUAAUCGAAUCAUGAAAUCGCUGGGAGAAUGAACUGUGACUCGCCUACAGUUCACAAGGUCCGAUCUCAGAUCAUAAUCUGAUCUCAGAGAUCGAUCAAGUGAUAGAGUUUGAUCUGAUCCACAGGGUUUAAUUCGAUUCAAUUGCACAGUGUCUUUUCCUUUGGUGUUUCUUGUCUCGUAAAACUGCACGCUGCGGCGAUCACCGUUUUUGUUUUAUUUUAGCUGAGCAUUUUGGUAAUCAGCGAAUUGCUUAAUCACAAUUAACGAUCGGUUAAAGAAAACAAGUAAUCCCACUCGUAUAGAAAUUGUGUUUUUUUUUCACCUGAGAUAACGUGUACAGAUAUAAUCGUAAAUAUUAACAGUGAUGUGAAGCGUACAAAUUGUCUCCACGUAGAGACUAUGAUGAUAUUGUUAAUUGCACCAUGACAAAAUGCUGUUUGCUCAAGUGAGGUGAGGGGGUUGAAUUCCUCCCAGCUCCGCGCGUUCCAGCCCCCGCCCCCGUCAUCAACAGAAGUCUCGCGUUCAUCGGUGGGCCGAUAAACCGCACGCAGCUCGGUGGAGUUUACUCACCGCUUCUGCGUCCCGUGCCGGUUCACGGUUAGAUGGCCCACGGUCCGAUUUCUGCUACGGCCAGAAGCUCCACGUAAAAUGCAAAGGGAAGUGUUGAUUUGAUGAUCAUAUCGUCAUCAUCACCAAUUCAAGCAUGCCUUCAGCUGUAAAGUGCCACUGGAACUGUCGUCAAGUUUCAAGUUUCCAAAUUCAACACUAAAAUUUGUUAGAGUAACUGUUACCAUGACAUUGAAGUCAAACGGGUAAACUUUCACAUGUUAAUACUUAUCAGUGGGAAUGCGGACUGUUCACUAAAGAACAUUUAGUCGCAAUUGAAAUUUUUUUUUUCAUCUGUUAGCUUCUGAAAACUCACUUUCCCAAUUCCAGUUUAUUGGCUCCUUUAGGUGGGUGAGCACCUCCUGAUGGGAAGCUAAGCCAUGGUGGCGUGUGUGCUUCUCUCGCGGUAACCACGCACACGCAGUGAUGUUACACGAAGAUCGACGCUGCUGGACACACACAACGUGUUGUGUGUUCCUUUUAUGUCCCCAGCACUAACCACAAACCUUACCCCAACUAUCUUUCUUGCUCUAUAAUGAACACUAGCUCUACCAUCGCAACACGCACCACUCUCCUUCGGUUCAGAUUCUAACGUAAACACAGGUCCUGUUUACAUUUCUAAUCCUAUUUUUAACACGAAUCGCCACAUUCCUAGCCCUAUUAAAGCACUCACAUUUACACUAACCAUAUUUAGACCUAUAACCCUAAACCUAAAGAGGAAUUCUAAACCUUAAGUAAAAAUUUCGUACGAGUAUUAUUCAAGCAUUACCUUUCACCAUAAUCACAACUGCCACCUUCUUUGCCUUAUUCCCAGAACUGGUUACAACUUUAGCCAUAAACCUAUCCAUAAGCCUGCAACAUCAAGCCAUUAAAUUUAUUUUAUUUAAUCAGGCAAAGCACCUGACACCACUCAUUGUUCAGAGAAACGGUCACUGCAACACGAGCAACACCUUUUUAAGCAAAUUAUACAAACUGCUUCGAACACGUUUUCUGAACAAUACGGCACCUUGAUGUAUUUCUUUUGCAACUUUGUAAGCGAGAUUAAUUGUUUUUUUCUCCUCAUCCCCACACAGGUGGUUUUCUCAAAUGGUACAUCAAACGGCUUUGUUUCUUUCCCAUGCACAGUGGCACCGCGGUUCUGUGCCUCUGCCUUAGCGUCUGAUUUAGGAGUUGACUCCAGCACUCAAACUACUCAAAGUAAACUUCUGCUGCGCAAAAUCAAACUGAGUCAAGGCCGACGAUGCUGCCUUCCCUUGCCCUAUUUCCAUGACCAGUUCUAAUUUGGCCACACUCUUCCCAGUGCCAAUGCUGCAUUGAGGCCCCAACAUUACAAGCGGUGCUAGGAUCUCUGCAGAAUCUAGCUGGGAGUGGGCAACCCAUGGCCUGUGGGCCGGCCACAACUUGUGGUGAGGUUUAUACCGGUGCACAAGCGACAGGGUGUGCGAAUACUCGUCAAACUACUCAGUGUGCUCUGUUGGCCUCGGACAUAAGAUCACCCAAAUUCCUCUGCAAAGGUUAACACUAGAAAAGAAAAAGCAAUCCCACAGCUGAAAAGCCAAACAUUACACUUUGGAGGAGGGCAAUCAAAUGUUGCCCUACACCUAACCAAGUAGAUAACCUCCCACGUACUGGUACUUUCAUGUCUCUGAAAACCCUUCCCCUAACCUAUCUUGUGCACAUUUUGUUAUUUGUGGGUCAGUCACUGGGUUGCGGUGGGCAAGAUGAGAGAGGUGCUGAGAUGGUGGACUGAUAUGGAGGCUCCUUUGACUCUGGUUUCAGUUGUGGUCUCUGCUCCUGCUGUAUCUGUCUUGUUUUAAGCCAGUUGUGGUCUCUGCUCCUGCUGUGUCUUUGUGUUGUUUUGAGCCAGUUGUAACUCCAUCUUUAAAUUCCGUCCAGUUUUUGCUCUGUCCAUUUUCCACCUCCGGUUCCAAUUGUGGCUCUUGCUCUGACUUCAAAUACAGCCCAGCUCGAGCAGUGCCUCAUGUUUCAAUCUGGUUUUAGUCCAGUUACAGCUUUGGCCCUCUGGCUCUGAUCUUUUUGCGAUCGUGGUUUGGUUCUAGACUGGUUCUAGUCCAGAUCUGGCUGCACUUUUGCUCAAAGAAAAAGUUUGUGGAAACACAAUUUGUGUCUCAUGUGCUACACGACGAAUGUGGCUGCUGCACGUGGCAUUCAGCCUUGAGUAAAUGACGCACAAGAGGGAUUCAUGUUAUGGCCCAAGGUUCGGAGUCGGACUUAAAGCACCUUUAGGAUUCUUAAGGUUAAGGUUCAGUGUUAUUGCCUGGGCUAGGAGUGCCAUACUGAAGCAACAUUUGGGAUUCUGAGGGUUCAUUGCUAAUGCCUAGAAAUAGGUCAGCCGAGACUAGCACCCUCAGAUUUCGUAUGGCCUGUUGUUAAGAUUAGGGUGCCCUUAGGUUCCCGAGGGGUCAGAUAACCUCUUGCAUUGGGAUUGUUCAUUCGGGCAUGUCACGACCGCUACACCUUCGUGUAGAUGCACCUUUAAACAUCGUACCUUAUUAAUCAUUACGGUUCUUUGUACAUCAUAUUAAUGUCAGCCUCUUGUUAUUCAUAGCAAAUGGCACAUGAACGGUAAUUAAACUCUUAAAAUUAUAUCUAAAGAGUACAAAUCCUGGUCUGCCUUUGUUUUGUGUGGUGGGAGACUAAAGGCUGCAUGCGUGUGUAUGGUUGGUUGGAAGAGGGAUGGACGAACCUGAAAUUUGGACUGAUGAGGAAUAUGUGCAUCUGGAACCAAGUGAAAGAGAAGCAGGAAGACCUGGAGCUGAGUGGAUAGAUGAGGAAGAGGGCCUGCAACGGAGUGGACGGAUGAGUAGCAGGACUUUGAAGCCCCCUCCUUGUGGGGAGGAGGUUCAUUAAUAGCUCCCCUCUGUAUCAGGAGUUGUACUCCCAUCAACAACACCAGGAGGUCGAGGAGCAAGGCUUACAACGAUUGACAGCAUCAAGCGGUUAAAAACCAGGACACCUUGCCAAGAGGGUUGCUUUAUUGUCAUUGUUUUUGUAAUCAUAUGUCCUACAUUGAUGUAAAGACGGCUGAAUAAAGAUGUGGCUUGGUGAGAACUUGUCAACUGAGAUACCAUAAGACUCCAAGCCCCAUCUUCAUGUGGCAUCUUCCUCGCGUCGGCAUCAUCUGACGCUUCGAGAUCACCUGGAAGAAUUGGACGGCGCACAGCGAUUCGCUAUCGUUUGCAGUAUCUUAGGUGACUGACUCGGUGAACAAUCUUGUGCAAAGCGGGAAGGUCCACGGUUCAGUGUUGGAUGAGAGAUCUUAAUUGAAGCAGCUUAUUAAGUAGUCUAGGGCAGUGGUUCUAAACCUUGUUUUGGCUAAUUUACCCCUUGUUGACCCAACACGGUUCUGAGAAAUAAACGUAUGUAUAAUGAACAUCAAUAUAUUAACCAAUUGGCCUUGUGUGAGGUAUCCCAACUAGUAACUGCUAGCGAAUAGACACAUUCAACGAACGUUCUGCAUGCGUUGCGUCAUUUGUUCACACUCGCUGGUUACUCUUGGAAAACACAUGGUUCGCAAUCAAUGGAGUUUAGAAAUAUCUUUUGUAUUCUAGGUUACCAUAUGGAUUUACAUUUUAGCAUAGUUAUUUUUUGUUGGCAGAUUCACAUAUGACUCGUGUAUGAUAUAAUUUCACAUUUAUAAAUCACCUCGCGUACCCCCUGGGAGAUUGCUACGUGUACCCCCAGAGGUCCGCGUACCUCUGGUUGAGAACCACUGCUCUAGGAACUCGUCUUCUGGGGCUCUUCCUCAUUGUGGCAUCGAGAGGCCUUGUUGACUGAAGAAUUCCAAGAGAUGUUGCUUAACAUCAGUUCUCAACCUUCCUGGACCAGUGGACCACUGUCAACCCUCGCAAGAUUCUCGCAGACCACCACGCACGGAUACAAUAAAAUAUAAAUUACAUUGAUUUGUGUUCUUUUGCAAAUAAUUCCCAAGUUUUGCAGACCACUUCCCAUGGACUUGUGCACCACGAGUCAGUCCUACAAAUGCCACAAGUUUCAAAGCACUGAUUUACGUAAUAAAAUUACUCUGACAUUAAAACU